AUGGAGCAUAAAAGUAACAUUGAAAAAAAUUUAAAUGAAGAAAAAAAAAAAAAAUUUCAUUUUUCACAUGUAAUUAUAGACGAUGAAGAGGAAAAAAAAAUAAAUUCAUUAAAAAAUGAAUUAAAAUAUAAAAAAGUAUAUAAACACAAUUUUAAUACACACAUUUAUAAAGAUGAAUUGAAUUAUAUUCAUUUAAAAAAUAUAGAAGACGAAUAUAUUUUGAAUGAAAACGAUAAAAACAUUAAAGAAAAUAUUAAUAUAAAUAAUGAUAAUUUUUAUGAAAGAUAUAAGAGUGUAAAUAAAAAAGAAUUAAAUAAUUUAAAUUCUGAUAAUGAGAAUGCUAGUAAUCCUUAUUUAGAAAAUGAAGUGAAUGAUUAUACAAAAAAUUUUAAUAAAGAAAAAGAAAAUAAUAAUAAUACAAAUAAAAGUAUAAUUUUUAAUAAACAGUAUUCAUUUAUGAAUUUAUCAGAAAAAAAUUUUUCAGAAAAUAAAAAAAAGUUAAAAUCUUAUGAUUCUGAAAUAUUGGAAUCAAACAAUAUGACUAAUGAAAAAGAAAACAAAAUUGUGAAAAAAAUUGAACCAUAUUUUAAAAAAAUUAAAGAUAACGAAAAAAUAGAAGAAGAUAAUAUAUGUAAUAAUGAAGAUUAUAACAAUGAAAAAAAUAACGAUAAUACAAGUAAUAGUGAUAGUAUUAAUUCAAUUAACAGGAAUAAUAAUAAGGAUAAUAAUGUGAAUAGCAACAAUGAUAAUUUUAAUAAUACUGAUAAUAACAAUGAUAAUUUUAAUAAUACUGAUAAUAACAAUUAUAAUUGUAAUAAUAUUGAUAAUAACAAUUGUAAUUGUAAUAAUGAAAGUAACGAAAAAAAAAAUAUAGAUAUGGUAAAAAAAGAAAACUCAGAUAUAGACAAAGAGAAAAGAGAAGACAAAAUGGAGCAUAAAUAUGAGGAAGAAAAAAAAAUAAAAAUUAUAGAAAUAUAUGAAAAAAAAUUAGAAAAUGAAGAAAAAAAAAAAAAUAAAGAACUUAAAAAUAAUAAAGUUCAGAUAAGAGAAAAUAUUUCUAAAAUUUUUAAAGAAUCACCAUCAUCUAAACCAAAAAUAAUAAAUGAAAUAAGGAAAAAAAAAAGUGAUAACAAUGUAAAUGAAACAGUAGUAAUAGAAAAAAAUAAUUCUGAUGCAAAUAACAAUAAUAAUAAUAACAUUGAUAUAGAAAAAAAAAAAAUAAAAAUGAAUAAAAAUACAUUAAAAGAAGGUAGUUUAUUACGAUUAUUUCGUUGUGAAUAUUUUGACACACAUUUGCACAUAAGAUAUUUGUAUGAUAGAAAAGAAGUUGGAGUUCAUGAGUAUCUAGUUAAUUCUUUAUAUACUCAAAGAAAAUAUGAAGAUAUAUUAUUUUAUUUACCUCAAUUAAGUCAAAUAUCAUUAGUAAGAUAUGAAACUUCUUCUCUUUAUCGUUUUUUAUUAGAUAAAGCAAGUAAAUCAAUGCAUUUCGCCUUAAAACUCUGUUGGAUAUAUCAUUCCAUUGUUGAAGAUAAUUCAAGCAAAUAUAAAGAUUUAGCACAAAAAAUGAUUCAAGAAAUCGAGAUGGCUGUUGUUAAUUGCAAACCCUUAAAUAAUGAAUGCAAAACCUUUAAAGAAAAUAAACAAUCAUAUCUUCUUGAUUUAGCUUAUCCUCUCUUAUUCAAAAGAAAAUUCAUUUUAAUCAAAAUAAGAACUAACGAAAAAUUUAAUAAAAUGAAAAUGUACAAUAGAAGUUCUAAACAUUCAUAUCAUUCACUAAAUUUAAAAGAUUUUAUUGAAAGAAGUUCAUUUAAAGAAAAUACAAUUACACAGAAAUAUAAAGAAUGUGAUAAUAAUAAUAAUAUUAAUAAUAGUAGUCAAGAGAAAGGGAAUUUAAAAGAAUCUAGUAUAUAUAAAUCUGAUUUGAAUAAUUCUAAAAAAGAGGAAGAGGAGAUAGAAAAAGUAAAAGAAAAAAGAAAAGAAGAAGAAGAAAAAGAAGGAGAAGGAGAAGGAGAAGGAGAAGGAAAAGAAGAAAUAAAAGAAAUAGAGAAGAAAGAAAAAAUAGAAAAUAUUAAAAAUGAAGAAAAAAAAGAAACUACAAAAAAAAUAAAAGAAGAAAAUAAUACCUUGCCAAAGUUACCUCCAUGUUAUAUUAUAAAUUCAGGUUCUUUAUCAAUCGCUAGAGCAAAAGUAAAACUACCAAGCACAUAUUCUAAGUUAGGUAAUCCUUUAAGCUUAUCUAAAUUUUCUCUUCCUGAUUUAAAUUAUAGUUUUGAUAUGAUAGAAGAAUUACAACAAUUUUUUAUGAAACAAAGAAGAUGUGAUUACUUUAGUUUAUUAAAUAACUUCAUUAAUUUAAUUAUUUCAGUUUCUAAUUUAUUAUCAUCAGAACCUGACAUCGAUUUAAGAAAUGAAUUAUUGAAGAGAUUUAUUUAUUCAUUAAAUAGUUGGAUGAAUAUGAGAAGGUGUAUUGUAGCUUCAUGUGAGAAUACUUUUGCUAUGACAGGUUUAUGUAUACCAUUAGAAAGCCUUUCAUCUAAUAAUAAAAAUGGAAAUAAUUUUAGUUAUAACAAUUUACAAAUACUACAUUUUAAUCAUGAAGAAUGUAAAAUAUUUUUUUCUAAAAAAAGAGCACCAUAUUUAUUAGUUUUUGAGGUUGCUGAUUUAGAUGAAGAUAUCAGUGAUAUUCCUGAUAAUAUUUUUUAUACUAAAAGCAGUGUUCUUAACGAUGAAAACAAUAAAAAUUAUGAAAAAGAAAGAGAAUCAAGCAAAAUGGAAGAAAUAAACAAAAAAAAUCACAUUCUAUCAAAAAAUUUUUGUUGUUCUAAAAGUUACAGUGUUUAUGUAGAUAAUAACACUUCUUUUGAAUAUGAAAAAAGAAAGAAUUUUGAAGAUAAAAAAAAAAAAAAAUAUACAAAAGAGAAUGUACAAAAUAACGAAGAAAAAAGAAAAAAAUAUAUAUUAGAUUUAAAUGAAUUAAAAAUGGAUGAUUUAUACGUGUACAAUUGUAUUGUUAAUGAUUUAAGAAGAGAAAACUUGAUAUCUUUUAAUACAAAAGAAGAAGAAAAUUUAUCUCUUAUAAGAAAAUGUAUUGGAUUAAAAGCAGAUGAAGAAGAAGAAGAAGAAAAAAAAAAAAAAGAUAAUCAAACAACAAAUGAAGAUAUAUCGACAAUGAUGUGUGCAAAAAAAAAUCAGUUAAAUUCAAGAUCUGUUUCUAUGCCAAAUUAUUUAAGUAAUAGUACAACAAAAGUUGAUUCGAAAUACAAUAAUAAUACUAAUAGUAACAUAAAAGUAUCGAGGGAAAAUAUAAAUAGUGGUAUAGAUGAUAUUUUAAUUGAAAAAAAUAUAGAACAAAUUGAAACAUAUGAAGAAUUAAAAAGAAAAAAUAAAAAUAAAAAUUUUAUUGAUUAUAAUAAUAAUAAUAUAGAUAAGUCACACAAUGAUUCUGAAGAACCAAAAGAAAACAAUAAUAUUUCUAAAAAUAACAAUCCUAUAGAAUAUCCAAAUAAUUUAUUAGAUAUCAAUGAAUAUUUCAAACCAGAAAAUUAUUUAAAUGAAGAAUUUAAAAAGAAAAAUUGCAGAAUAAUUAAAAGGCUACUAUGGGGAGAAUUAUUUGAAGAAAAAAAAAAAAAAAUUAGAAAAAUUUCUCCUUAUGGUAAGCUGAAAUCUUGGGAUCUCAAGUGUGUAAUAGUUAAAGGUGGAGAUGAUUUAAGACAGGAAUUAUUAGCUUCACAAUUAAUCAGACAAUUUAAAAUUAUUUUUGAUAAUGCUGGUUUACCAUUAUGGUUACGACCUUAUGAAAUUUUAGUAACAGGAUCUAAUUCAGGAAUUAUUGAAUAUGUAAAUGAUACUUGUUCUGUUGAUUCGCUAAAAAGAAAAUUUGCAACAGAUAAUAUUUCGACCAUUUUUAAUAUAGUAUUUGCAGAUUAUAUAUUUGAAGCGAAAAAGAAUUUUAUUGAAAGUCAUGCUGCAUAUUCUCUAAUUUCUUAUUUGCUUCAAGUAAAGGAUAGACAUAAUGGAAAUAUGUUAUUAGAUUCUGAUGGUCAUUUAAUUCAUAUUGAUUAUGGAUUUAUGCUGACAAAUUCUCCUGGAAAUGUUAACUUUGAAACAUCCCCUUUCAAAUUAACACAAGAAUAUUUAGAUAUAAUGGAUGGAGAAAAAUCAGAUAAUUAUGAAUAUUUUAGACGACUUAUUGUUAGUGGAUUUUUAGAAGCUCGCAAACAUUCAGACGAAAUUAUCCUUUUUGUAGAACUAAUGAUGCCAGCACUAAAAAUACCAUGUUUUGCUAAUGGUGCUCAGUUUUGUAUAGAUUCUUUAAAAGAAAGAUUUAUGACUAAUUUAACAGUUGAUGUGUGUAUUCAAAGAAUAAAUGCUUUAAUAGAAGCAUCUGUUAAUAAUUUCAGAAGCGUCCAGUAUGAUUAUUUUCAGAGAAUCACAAAUGGAAUUAUGUAA